ACCACACACAAGGCACUUUAAGCCAUCAUGACACCGAUAUCAUUUGGGGACAACAAUCGUGGAUUCCAGGUUGGACAUAACUGUGGCUCGAUCCACGCUGAAAUUAAUCUACCUCCGGAGCGACUAGAAUCUCUCCCGAACCCUUUAUCAACCGUCCCAUUCGCACGCGAUCCAGAUUUUGUCUGUCGUAACACCCUGCUCCAGUCGAUUUACGAGAAAUGCUCGAUCCCAGGGUCAAGAAUAGCCCUGGUCGGCCUAGGAGGUGUCGGAUCCGAUCAGAGUCACCAGAGAUAUAGGUUCUUUGGGUCCACGCAAGCAAUAAGGCCCGGUUCGAGCAAAGUUUCUGGGACAUCGCAGACCAGCUCAAGAUCCCAAGUCGUCAGGAUCCCAAAGCGAACAUAUUCAAACUGGUCGAAAACUGGCUGCGGGAUGAGAACCGGGGGAAAUAGAUUUGUAUCCUUAAUAAUAUAGAUAAUAACAAGUUCCUUUGCUCGCUUCCGACAGCAGAAAAGGGUGUUUCAAUAACAGAGCCACCAAAUGCCU